CUUUCUUUCUUAAUUCCCUUGUUUUCAUGGCAAACGUUAAGCUUAUAGUUUCUACUACUUUUCUCUUCCUAGUUUUGUUGUUUUCUUGGGGAUCAAUUAGGUUUACUGAAGCAAGGCUUUCGAAGAUGUCUGGAAAUUAUGGUAACAACAAUCUGAUAACCAAUAUAGAAGGCAAUUAUGAUGUUGUUAAGUCUCGUCGCAUGGCUUUACAGGACGAGGUGGUUGGCAGUGUUGCUGGUAAUAUUGGUCCUGAUGCAGCUAACAACGAUGAUUUUCGACCCACAACACCAGGCCACAGUCCUGGUGCUGGCCACUCUACUGGACCUGGAAGCGAAGAACCACUUUAAAUAACUCAUACAUAUAUAUGUGUGUGUGUGUAUGUAUGCAGUAUGUAUCUAUAUAUAUGUGUGUGUUUGCGUAGUUUCAUUCCAUGCAAUGUUAUUUUUAUGCAGUACUCGUGAUUUAUCUGUUGUAUAAUAUACCAAUAUUGUAUAAUACUUGGGUAUGCUUUUAUGUAUUUUUUACAUUCUCAACGCAA